AUGCGCUUCUUCGGAAAGAACGCGCCGCCAGCGGAUGACAAUGUCGUCCAGGAGUCUACCGAGGUUAAGCGCAAGCGCAGGCUUGGCAAUGUUGGAACCGUCUUCGCGGCCGGCUCAGCCAUGUUCUCGGACGGAUACAGUAACGCGUCCAUGGGACCAGUGAAGACAAUCCUCAAGAAAAAGUAUGGAGCAGCCGUGACGGCCGAAGACACGUCGCUCCUCUCGGCCAUGACCUUUAUGGGCAUGAUCAUCGGCAUGUUCACCUUCGGAUACGUAUCGGACAAGAUUGGACGCAAGGUUGGCAUGUAUAUCUGCACGGCCCUCAUUUUCAUCUUCUCGAUCCUCUCGGCAGUUUCUGGCGCCGGCGGAGCCUCGGUACAGGUCAAAAUCAAUAGCAUCAUCGCGUUCCGUACGCUGCUUGGUAUCGGAUUGGGCGGAGAAUACCCGUCGGGUUCGGUGACAGCUGCAGAGGCCACCGAGAACACUGGCGUCAAGAAGAGGAGCCAGCAAAAGCUCUUUGUCUGGGCCACAAACACUAUGUUGGACAUUGGAUUCCCCAUGGCCUGGUUUGUCGCUCUUGUUCUUCUCUGGAUCUUUGGGACGGAUCACCUGGCGGCCGUGUGGCGCGGUACGUUCUUGCUUGGUGCCAUUCCACCGCUCGUGCUCCUCAUCGCCCGUAUUUGGAUGGUCGAGCCGGAACUCUACACCAAGAACAACAUGAAGCGCGCCCCGAUCCCUUACUGGCUCCUCUUGAAGCGAUACUGGUUCCGUCUAGUCGGCAUCUCCAUCGUUUGGUUCAUCUACGACUGGAUUACAUACCCCUUUGGCAACUAUGCCGACACCAUCACCACCAAGGUCAACCCCAAUAUGAGUCUGUACGAGACCAUCGGAUGGGGAUGCCUCAUCAACGCGUUCUACGUUCCAGGAACCCUUGUCGGCUCUUUGAUCGUCGACUACCUCGGUCCAAAGUAUACCCUCAUCCUCGGCUUUGUCAUGCAGGCCAUCUUCGGCUUUGCUCUCUCGGGCGCAUACAACAGUCUCACAAAGGACUCGAUUGUCGGGUUUGCCAUCAUGUACGGUAUCUUCCUGUCAUGGGGUGAAGUUGGUCCUGGAAACAAUCUGGGUCUUCUUGCCACCAAGGCAAUCUCGCCCACCGCCGCCCGUGGUCAGCUGUACGGUAUCGCGGCGGCUAUUGGCAAGGCUGGCGCGUUUAUCGGCAACUACACGUUCCCCCAGAUCCAGGCCUCGUUCGACAAGAAGAGCAAGUACCUCUCCAACACGGGUCUGUUCUGGGUUGGCUCUUCUCUUGCCAUCUUUGCUGCCAUUGUUGCCAUGGUCGCCAUCCCCAAUAUUGGCCCCGACUGGAUGAACAAUGAGGACAUUGAGUGGCGCGCCUUCCUCGAGCGCAAUGGCUACGACACCUCGCACAUGGGCACAGAGGAACACCUUGAAGAGGAGGCUCAGAUCGAGGCCGGCAGGAAAAAGUCGGAAAUGGUUGACGUCAACACUGUCCCCGUCACCCAGUAG